CUGGACCAAACUUGCCCAACCAGGUCCGCUGAAGAGGUGCUGUGGCAGACGCCUUCAGUUUUCCACGGGAUGUGACUAGAAGAGACUAAAUGUGACAACACUUUCCGUGACUACAAGACUGAUCCCUCGCUUGUAUUUAUAUAGGCACAUGCUGUACAUGGCCAUCUUCAGAUGAGUCAAACAACUGCUCGGGAGUAUUCAAUGUUUGUUUGUAAUCCGUAGGUGUAGGACAACAUGUUUCUGGCGGUGCUGGGUGCGUCUGGGCAGACAGGCGUCCACCUGGUGCAGCGGGCCCUGGAUAAGAAGCACCGGGUCCUGGCGCUGGUCCGGGACACGGACAAGAUGAACGGCCUGGUGCGGGACGACAGCCUGGAGGUUGUCCAAGUUGACGUCAUGUCGGAAGAUUCCAUUGCGGCGCAGCUGGAGGGGAGGGAAUUGGACGUGGUGAUUUCCUGUCUGGGCCGGACGGACCGGAAAUCACGUGAGCCCAGCACGUUUCACAGCGACUCCAUGCGGGAGGUAGUGGGAGCAAUGAGGAGGGCAAAGGUCAAGCGACUGGUCUGUGUGUCCUGCUGGUGGACUGUCAGUUGGCCGCAGGACGGGCGCCCCUGGUGGUACCGCUGGUUCGUCCAGAGCGGCUGGAGCGCCACUCACGAGGAUCUGGCGGAGAUGGAAGAGUUCAUCACCAUGUCCUGCACAGACAUCAACUACACCAUCGUCAAACCGCCCAUCUUCCUCACGGACGGGCCAAUGGACACCCGUGAACUGAAGGCGGCCCAGUUGGAGCAGGUUCCCUUCUCCGGCUUUCGACCGAGUCUGUCCAGAGCCAACUUAGCUAGAUUCCUCCUUUUCAUCCUCGGCACUACCAAGUGGAACAGUAGAAAAGUCGCAGUCCUGUGAAGCUGAACGGAGGAGGUGUUUUUCUUUAAUUCACCGUUAAUCCUAAUCGGCUCGGUGUAAUCCAACGUUAGGCGUUGUCGGUGAAUCAUGCUUGUAGCGUAAUUGUCGCUUUAAUUCGAAGUAGCACGUUAUUUGGUAUUCUGAAUCCGUGGUCAAGCAUAUAGCGUCAAAUAGUUUGUUUUACGGAAUCGAACGCCAGAAUAUGCUCCCCCAUGCAGACCCACACUUCGUAUUUACUGACCCUCACCUCUGUGAUUAUUGAUGAUAUUGUCUUGACGAUAAAUAGUGCGUUCGUUUGUUUUAGUUGAUGUCAAAUAUCUGCAUUCUACAUCCUGUAGGCAGCAGGGCAAACCCUUCAGCUAACGGCUGGAUAGUUGGGCAGCUGUGUCCUAUGCUGGGGCCAAGUCAAUAAAUAAAUGCAAAUU